AAUAUAAUAAUACCACCUUUGCUUAAUUUUAAAAACUAUAUUAAGGUCGGGGAUUUUGUCACUGCCAUCUUUGUCAUAUUGAUGCAACAGAGUAUUUGACAUACAUAUAUUGCGUAAGGAUGUCUUCAAACGAUCAGUUUACUGUUCGAGUAAAGAAAUUUAUAUCGAAUCCUCUCUUGAGUAGAAAACAAUUCUGCAUUGAGAUAUUGCAUCCAGGUCGUAGCAAUGUUUCUAAGACAGAACUUAAAGAAAGAAUUGCUAAGCAAUUCAAGAUAAAAGACUCAAAGACAGUCGUUCUAUUUGGCCUCAAGACACUCUUUGGUGGCGGAAUUAGCACUGGAUUUGGGUUGAUAUAUGAUAACAUGUCCUCUCUCAAGAGAUAUGAGCGUCACUAUCGUCUUGUAAGAUUGGGUCUGGAACAAGUCGAAACUAAGAUGGGACGUCGUGCCAAGAAGGAACUUAAGAACAGAAGAAAGAAGGUUCGUGGUAAGGACAAGGCCAAGUGCUCCGCCGGAAAGAAGAAGUAAACAUGCAACAGUAAUUUUAGAAACUGGUACAAAUUAUUGUAUUG